AUGGGACGCGUUGAAAAACAUUCGUCCCGAUCAGAGCGCUCACGCCCAGUCUCUUGUCUGUUUUGUCGUUCGCGAAAAUUACGAUGCAGCCGACAGUUUCCCUGUCCCAAUUGCACGAGCCGCGGUCUUCCUUGCCAACUGGAUGGCCCAGCAAAAGCUGUCAACAACGUGGAAAAAUUGCCCGACGCACUGACCAGUACCUUCCAGCUCGAUGUAUUAGAACGUUUACGCCGAUUGGAGGAUAUAGUGAUCGAGAAGAAAGAACCAGGAGGUGCGGGUGAACAAGUAUCACCCCCUCGGCCUUGGCAAAAAGCAUACCCUACUCCUUUGAAUGCCGAAACCACCCCGGCUACUGAUGUAGAAUGGUUGGAGGGGGAGGUUACAUAUCCGGUUUCCACAGUAUCCCUCCUUGCAAGUGAUAUAGAGUUCAAAACAUGCACCAUCAAACAAGCCUUUGCUGCUGCUGCUCCAUUUGCUGAGUGUGGUUUUGAGUCACCCUGCGCAACUAAAUGUAUUUGGCUUCCCUUUUACGAGGAAUCCAAACUUAUGGUCGACAAAUACCUCACCGAUAUCACCUACAUUCACCAUGUGGUCCACACUCCUUCGGUGCGGAAACUUGUGGAUGAACUCUACCAGAAUCUCAAUCACAAAGCUUCUGUCAAAAUUGGACAUGUUUCAUUGCUCCUGGCAAUUCUCGCGAGCACCACUUUCUUCUGGACAGAACGUGACAUGCAUUUACCGUUAUUUUCCUCUGUCAAGGAAGCGAAUGAGCAGGCCACUAUCUGGAUGAAACUUGCCCUUGAAGUACUGGAGUACUCGCGUCUCAAGGGCUCAGAUUCCCUUGAAGAUAUUCAAGCUAUGAUUAUUGUGGCCUUUCUCAUAACAAACCUCGUUGGAAUCACGUCGCAGGCAUGGUAUGUUUUCUCCACAGCCAUCACAGUAGCUCGUCAUCUGCAACUGCAUCGAAUUGACCAUCCGCAUAAUGCGAUUUCUGGUGUAUAUCGUCAAGAUACAAUCCACGCGGAGAUAGGCAGGAGAGUGUGGUGGUAUCUAGUUGGGACAGAUUGGCAAUUUUCCUCUUUUACAGGCCCACAAAAAGGAACCUAUAGUGUUAAUCCUCGACACAUGGCCACGGAAAAACCUUUGAAUAUAGAUGACGAAGACCUUCUCGACGGAGCGAUUGGUGCCAGGCCGGUAGACCAGCCGACUUCAAUGUCAUACUGUCUUCAGCGGAUUCGACUGGCAGAAUUGUGCCGUGAGAUUACUGACAGCAUCCCCUUCUCUGAACCUGAGCUGGUGAUUCGUGACUAUAAAAAAUUAAGGCAUAUCGAUGUGCAAAUAUGCAAUAUCACCAAUGAGAUGCCCCGAUUCUUUUCCCUUGAUUACGAUGCGAGUGAACUUCCAGAAACGGAUCCACGAAAAAAAGCAGGAAUCAUUAUUCAACGUUAUGUCAUCAACUCUCUGAUCAAUACACUACGAUGCAGACUUCAUCUUCCGUACCUGUCUCGGGUAGCAACGGAUCCCGAUCUCGCGUUCUCACGGGAGGCGUGUCUACAGGCGGCGCGUACAGCUAUUCGAACAGAGCGGCUUCUAUCAAAAGAGCUGAUACCUUUUGUCCUUGCACGAUUGAAGUUUUCUGGUGUUUUGCAUUGUGUUUGUAUGGCGAUUAUCGUACUGUUGAUGGAUGUUUGUCUUAACAAAAGUCUUCAACCGGACGAGGAUCGGGAACGACGAGAGGAAAUCUUCCAUGCGUUUAAGAUUUUAGAAGAGGCCAAGGAUCAAUCACCAUUUGCAGAAAGGAUACUGGAAUCUUUCCAUGCCGUUCUCUGGAAGAACAGGGUCACUUUACCGGAGACCAGUGGCAAGACGGAUCAAAUGGAGAAUGGAAACCAGCUAUCACCGUCUGCAUUGAGCACGGGUUCAACGUUCAUAACCGCCUUCAGUGGUGACGGUGCUGAGAACAACCGGUUGGAUCCGACUCUUCCCACUUUCGAUGACAUCUGGCAGAAAUUUGACAGUAAUGUGGAUCCGACUUUAGUUUUCGACUGGGAUUCCUUGUUUGCAGAGCUAGAUUCACCGUUCCUUUCGAUAUGA